GCACCGGGCCGGGCGGACAAGCUUCAGUGUGCGAUUGGCAGCAGUACGGUACGCCGGGCUAGGCUCUAGUAACGCACCGGGCUCUUUAUUUUUUUCCCCUCUCGUGUUGUGCAGUUUACAAAGGAGACAUAAUUGUUUGUGAAUCGUUUGUUUCAGCAAGCAUCCUGGUUGCUUGGGAAAGGAAAAACGAGCCCCGUUCACAGCGUCAAGAACGAACGGCGAGAAUAACGACGCAAGUCGCCCAAGAAGUACUCACUCUAGAAUCGCAUUUGUGUAGAGUCCUCGUUGUUUCUGCGCGUUAGCAACACACGGCGGUGAUCCAUCACCUGUGUGACCUUUACACCGCCAUUAGCCGAAAGUGUUGCCGCCUUAGCUUUGGAGAGCCUUUUUGGAAGCGCUAGAGAGGGGGGGGGGCUCACUUCGAACGACAGCGACAAGCCCAGCCCGGCCCAAUAAUCAUCAUCAGCCCUAACCUAUAUCAGGGGGACUUGAUAACGAAGACGGAUCAAGCGUGAGACCCGCCUGAUAAGACUGCUCGUGUGUGUGUGUGUGUUUGUUUGUGCCUAUCGUGCUCAGAGAUUCCAAUUCGCGUAGUGCGAGUGCGUCGCGAAGGUCCACCUUCUAAUCACUCCAGUGUGUGUGUGUUUGUGUGUGUGUGUUCUUGGUUGUGUGAACAGGCCGUUGUGAUACGACGAAGGCUGCACACACGCGCUCGGUAAUCAGCAGCGAGCGACCCCGGGUUGGUGGCAAUCUUCCCGCACGAAAUCCCAAUAAACGCGGCCGUGUCACGCCCGUCCGGUCUCAGUUGAACUCUGAACCUGUUACGAUACGGUGGGUGCCCGAAAGCGUCGCGUUCCUCUCUACAGGCAGGCUCAAUCAAUCGGCAAACCGUCACUCAACCACGCAGCGGUAGCAGCAGUACCUCGUAGACACCAGCCACAGAAAUGCCACAGCAAGAUCAAACCGCAGCACCGAACGCGGGCGUCAAGAUGUACAAUCUGGUGAUCCUCAUCAUCGACAUUGUCGCCAUGUUGGUACGAUGGAUCUAUCACACGCUCGAGUCGUUCUACCGGCUGGUGGUGCCGCCGGCCGCCGACACCGUCCACACCGAUAUCGUGCUGAUUACCGGUGCCGGGCACGGCAUGGGCCGCUGCAUGGCGCUGCAGUACGCGCAGCUCGGCGCCACCGUCGUCUGCGUCGACAUCAACGAGAAGAUGAACGCGGACACGGUCGCCACCAUCCGGCAGCAGCGCGGCAAUGCAUUCGGCUACGUCUGUGACGUCACCAACCGUCAGCAGAUCAUUGAGACGGCGCAGCAGAUACGGCAGGAGGUGGGCACGGUAACGAUACUGGUGAACAAUGCCGGCAUCAUGCCGACCCAUCCGCUGCUCCAGCAGACGGAGCCCGAAAUACGCAAAACGUUCGAGAUCAACGUUAUGGCCCACUUCUGGCUGCUGCAAAGCUACCUCCCCGGCAUGCUCGAGAAGAACCGAGGCUACAUCGUCGCCAUGUCUUCCGUCGCCGGGCUGUGCGGUCUGAACAACCUCGUGCCGUACUGUGGCAGCAAGUUUGCGGUGCGCGGUAUCAUGGAGGCGCUGGCCGAGGAGCUGCGGCAGGACGCGCGCAAACCGAACAUCAAGUUCACCACCGUCUACCCGUACAUGGUCGAUACGGGGCUGUGCAAGCGACCGCACAUGCGCUUCCCCAACCUGAUGCGGCUGGUGAAGCCGGAGGAGGCGGCCGCCGCCAUCAUCGAUGGGCAGCGGCGCGGCCUGGUCGAUGUGUCCAUCCCGAAGUACCUGCUGUACCUGAACACCAUCAUCCGUGUGUUCCCGAUCAAGGUCGGCACCCUGCUGCGCGACUUCCUGGACAGUGGCGUCGAGUCGGAUCUCUAAUGCGCGGGACAAAUGUCGUCGCUUUUUUGUUGUUUUUGUAUUUUUCUAAAUCUUCAAAGCAAAACAAUAUAUAUACAUCCCGAACAACACUGACGGACCAACCAAUCAGCCACCGAUGGGCCCCCCGCACACAAGGGGGCUACUGUAGUUAAGUGAGACAUGGCGCAGACGCUAGCGAAAGGUUUAAUGUACAUGUAUAUAUAUAUCUGGUCACCUACACCUCAACCACCCCUUUACAACACGUACCCACGAUAGCAUUAGUUAUAUUGGCAGGGAUGGGGGAGAAGGAUUAAUCAAUAAAUUAAAAAAAGGUGUUAAAAAAA